AUGCUUAAUAUCUCAAUCAGCUUCAAUAACCGAAUUUUCAAAUCUGUCAAAGAAGCUAUGGAGGAAUUAGGCUGUCAGUUCAGAGAACAAAAUCAACACUCCGUUCUAGUAUGGACUGACUCCAUUCGAGAUGCAGAUUAUUUCUCAAACUUAAAUCCAUGGCAAGUAGUAAAUAGAAUACCAUGCGCGCACGUAUUAUGUAGAAAGGCAUCACUUACAAGAUGUAUUCAGCAAAUUGCUGAAUAUUUCCCACAAUUAUAUAAUUUUUAUCCAAAAUCUUACAUUCUCCCAUUCAAAAAUUCUGCAUUUUUGCGUGCUCUAAAACGUACAAAAUGCGCCUGGAUCAUUAAACCUGAUUCUGGUUCACUUGGACAAGGCAUUACAAUUUUAAAUCCAGGAAGUGAAUAUCCUCCUGAUGAAUCAUUAUCCGUAGCACAAGAAUACGUCGAUUCCUUCCUCCUAAAUAAUACAAAAUUCGAUUUAAGAAUUUAUGCUUUAGUUACAAGUGUAGAUCCACUUACAAUUUAUAUAUAUCGCGAUGGAUUAGCAAGAUUUUGCUCAGAAGCUACUGGCCAUCACUCUGUUUUCUCACAAAUUACAAAUGUUACCUUAAAUAAACAAAAUCCAGAACUUGACAAGUUUGAAGAGAUUUCUAGACUCAUUUCCGAUACGUUCCCGAGAUUAGAGAAAGAAUGUAACGCAGACAUAAAGAAAUUAUGGAGUGAAAUUGAUAAUAUUAUUGUUUUGUCAAUAAUGUCUGCCCAUAGGUAUCUGAAAACAGCAGUUCAAAGAGAUUGUGCUCCAUCAAUUAUUUCCAGGUGUUUCCAAAUUUUCGGUUUUGAUAUUUUGUUAGAUCGAGAAUUACAUCCUCAUGUUAUCGAAGUAAACUACAGACCAAACCUGGAAUACCAUCGCGGUCCAGAAAGAAGGAUGAAAGUCACAAUGAUUAGAGAUGCCAUCGCAAUUGCGGCUCCUCUUGAAUCUCUACAAGCCGCUGUAGAAGUAAGACCAUAUGGAUGGGAUGCAGCAUCUUGGAAGGCGUUUUUGUUAAAUAAUCCUACAAUUAUUAACCAAAUUGAACAAUCUCGUAAGAGAGCGAUUGAACUUUCAAAGUAUGAGCUUAUUUAUCCAUCAACUGGUGAUAAACAAAAGGUUUACCAGAGUGUUUUGAACAAAAUUGACCAGCUUAAGGCAGAUGUUCUUCCAGGAACAUUGAUUUCAACAGAAAAGGAUGAUUAG